AAGAUAAAAACAAUCUUAAACACGAAUACUUAAAAUUACAACAAGAGCAACAGAGAAAUGAAGGACCAUCGAUAAUAACAAAGUAUAACAAAGACCCUAUAGAAAUAGGAAUAAAUCAAGAAUCAGACUCACCAUAUCUAAAACCAGUAACAAGUAGACCUGAAACACCGAACUAUAAAGGAAAAACACCAGACUACGG